AUGCUUUUACUGGCAUGGUAUCAAUUAUUUUUCAAACAACACCAUCAUAACAUCACCAAAACAAUGCCACAACAUCGCUGCAACACCACCGAAAAACUACCACAAAACCCUCACAACACCGUCACAGCAUCGUCACAACACCACCUCAACACUAUCACAAUACCACCACAACACCGACACAACACCCCCACAACACCGCCACAAUACCACCUCAACACCCCCAUAACACCGCCACAACACUGCCCUAACACACCACAACACCGCUACAACACCACCACAACACCACCACAACACCGACACAACACCAUCACAACACCACCCCAACACACCACAACACCGCCACAACACCGCCACAACAACGCCCCAACAACACCCCAACACCACCGCAACACAUCCACAACACAUAUACAACACCGCCACAACACCACCCAAACACACCACAACACCGACACAACACCGCCAAAACACCGCCACAACACCAUCACAACACUGCCACAACAUCAUCGAAACAGAAAAUUAUAA